CUCUGACCAUCGCUAGCUUCAAAGGCCAGCGCGCUGCACUUCCGAUCAGCUGAGGUUCAGCUGACCCUGCUUGGCCACCUGCUGCUCGGUUUGUUUACAACCGGCCAGCGGGCACAUUGGUCGUAAUCACGUUUUUGGACGAUAUACAUAUUUUUUACAAUGUUAUUGUUAUAAUCAGGACCAAUCGCACUUCGCAAUGUAAAGUAAUUUCUGCUAAAAUGUAAAAACAUAGGUGAUCCGACGUUCAACAUUACUAAGGAUGCUCAAAAUAAUAUGAAUAAUAUUAAUUACUUAAAAAAACUUUACUUUGAAAACGACAAGCGGACUAUUUCAUCUUAUUAAUAAACAACGAUAUAAUUUAGUCUUAUAAACAUCGGGGAUUUAUAUGUUCCUAAAAUUUGCAGCAGUUUGUUUCCGUUGUUUACAAGCUUAAAUGUAAAGAAAUAAUCAAGACAUUUGUUACAUCUGAUUAAAUGUAUUCAGGACUCGCCACAGUUAAAUCCCUUCCGUCCUUGUGUCAUUCGGCGUAUUUGUGUCAAAUGAAUCUCAAUAAAGUUUUCGCGUUUUGAAACAUCAUGGCGGCUUACACGGUGUCUGCAGCUGUCAGAUGCUCAAUACAAUUUUUGCUAAAAGACACUGUUCUGACCUCAAAGACAAUUUGCCGUCUUUCAGCCAGUUGUACUGGAAAAGGUUACAUUAGUUGGAGGACAUGCAGUUCAUCUGCGUCAUCCUGCUCCUCUGAGUCUCCAGCAGCAGAUAUUUGUGCCUUCAGUGAAGCUAUUGCACACUAUGAUCGCCUCGUUCAGUGUGGCUCCCUGAGGAAAGAUGCUCAGCAGAGGGAUGUUUUCCAGCAGCUGGCUCAGCUGCAGCACAGCCUAAAGAACUACAGUAACAGCAUCUACUUGAAUCCACCUCCACUGAGGCUAAACUCAAUAGAUGACAACAGUCACUUUCCAAAAGAUAAACACCCCCACAUUACACCAGCUGAAAACAAAGGUGGUGGAUCCACUGCUAAGGAGGGACCCGCUCCACCACCACCAUCACCCAAAGGCUUCUAUAUCUAUGGAGAUGUUGGCACAGGGAAGACCAUGCUCAUGGAUAUGUUUUACUCCCGUGUGGAAAACACUCGUAAAAAAAGAGUCCACUUCAAUGGCUUCAUGUUGGAUAUCCACAAAAGGAUCCAUCGGAGGAAACAAAGCCUGCCAAAACGAAGGCUAGGGAAAAUGUUCACCUAUGACCCCAUAUCACCGGUUGCCAUGGAGAUCAGCAAUGAAACCUGCCUCCUGUGUUUUGACGAGUUUCAGGUGACCGACAUUGCUGAUGCUAUGAUCCUGAAGCAGCUGUUUGAGACGCUGUUCAAAACCGGAGUGGUGGUGGUGGCCACCUCCAACAGAUCACCUGAUGAUCUGUACAAAAACGGACUUCAGAGGGACACCUUCCUACCUUUCAUCGACGUGCUGAAGGAGUACUGCCACACCAUCUGCCUAGACUCUGGGAUUGACUACAGGAGGCUGGACAAGGCUGCAGCAGGGAAACUCUUUUACCUCACAGAGGAGCCUGAUGCUGAGGCCUUCUUGGAUGUGCUGUUUGAGGAGCUGGCCUUAAGACAAAAGACUGUUACAGGCCCUCGGUUGCUCACAGUGCUGGGCAGAGACGUGACUCUGGAAAAGACCUGUGGCUCCAUCGCCGACUGUACUUUUGAUGAGCUGUGUGGCAGACCUCUGGGUGCCAGUGACUACCUGGAAAUGGCUCGGCUCUUUGACACAGUAUUCAUUCGCCGUGUCCCCAUGCUGACACUGACCCUGAAGGACCAGGCCAAGCGCUUCACCACCCUCAUAGACAACUUCUACGACAACAAGGUGAGAGUGGUGCUGCUGGCGGCAGCUCCUAUAGACCGGUUGUUUGUCCACACUGGAGGGGAAGAUGAGAGAGACCGACAACUGCUGGAUGACCUGGACCUCAGCGGGGAGGCAGCAGAGCACCUGACUCUGUUUACAGCUGAGGAGAAGAUCUUUGCCUUCCAGAGGACCGUCUCCAGACUGAUGGAGAUGCAGACGGAGUCAUACUGGAUGGAGGGAGACCGCAGUCACAGCAAGAAACACCUAACACCUAACAUCAACAGCUGACUGCCUUAUAAGCAUAUACCUCCAGACAACAUAGUACCUCACUAACUACUGACACUGCACAAGAGAAGUUCCUAUUCAGCAGAAAUAGAAAAGAUCUAUUUGCAACCAAAGCAAAUUGUGUUUAAGAAUAAGCAGCAGUUUAUUCCAAUAUAUCCUAGAAAGACCUAAUAUGCACAGUAAAUAUAAUAUAACUAUGUAAAACUAGAUACCUGUUUAUUUUUUGGAUCUGAUUUUCCCUCAUCUUAUGCAUGUGUGUUAUACCGUUUUACUUAUUGGUCCUCCUCUGUGAGGUGUGCUCUCUCCCCCUUGUGGAAUAUUUAUUUUAAAGAAUAUGGAAACCUGUGUGAACCACAAGGCAAACAGGCGCUCACUUCACAGAGAGGAAGGGGGCAAGUGUUCUUCAAAGUAGUUGGCUAUCGCCCUCUAGUGGAUGAAUGUGAAAAGGGAAAAAUAUUUUCAAGCUGCUCCUGUUUUUAUGAAACAAUAUCAGUCUCUGUGCAUUUAGAAUGAAACCUCAACUGUAUAAAACCUGGUAUAAAUUUAAACUGUUAUGCAUGAUGUUAAUCCGUGUAUUUAAUGAACAAGACUAUAAUUCACUAGUUUAAUGUUGAGGCAUCUUUAUGUUAAGCUCAGUGGCUGUUAGAAUGGCAUUGAUGUAUUCCAGGUCUGGAUUCUUAAUGAAGUAGAACUGGUCUUGAUUUUGACUUGGACUUUACCAAGAUGGUGUCACUACAGUUGCUAUUUCUAACACUUUGUUACUAUCAGGAGGGGAAAUUUGUCUUGCAUUCUUACAGGCAGUGGCAUACACAACUGCAAACUGCAGUAAAAGAUUUCAAUAUAAUAAAAUUGUCAAGACAAAGAAUUGUGAAGAGGGUCUUGAAGCCAGAUUAUUCAAGAAGUAGUGUCAUGCGGGUGUGUAGCUAAGAUCAGCAGUCAAAUCAGAUUUUUUUUUUUAAAUGCACAAAAGAAAGGCACAAAGUAGAAAAGGCCCUUCAGAUGCUAAAAGAAUCAGUUAACUUUAUGUGCAAAAGGUAACAAAAUGUGAAAAAAUCAUGAGAAAUGUUCACUUUUUUUGUCACAUUUUGCCAAUUUUCUAUGAGAUGGGACAAAAAACAAAUAAAUAAACAAUGGAGCCAUGCAAAAAUAUUUUAUGUUGCACAGUUUGAUGAGGUAUAUUGAUUUCUGUAGUAGUGUGUUUUUAUGAUUGUGGCUCCAAAUUGAUAUGAAAAACUAACAUCAUUAAAGCUGUAAUAUAUUUUAAAGGA